UGAGAGAUCAUUAAUUUAACUAUGUUUUCUACCUGGCUAUUAAAGACAGUCUUAUGCUCAAUAGAAAAAAUUAAAGGUUUUAUAUGACGGCUAUGAUAGCAUAGUCACGUGGUCAAACACAACAGAAGAAAUCUCUAAAGGUGCACGCGAGAAAAAUGAUUAGAGAUUUAGAUACAUUUUGUACCAUUGAUGUGAAUAUCUCGUGUUAGGAUAAUUUUGUUGUGAAAUUAAAAUAAAACAAAUUCAAUUAUUCCGUUUUUGAUAUCAAACUGGGCAUUAUUUUGUCAAGUGAAAAUUCUUGUAUGUGAUUUGAUUCAAUGGACAUCGAAUAAAAUAUGUGCAUAGGAAAUUUCUUAUUGGAAGAAGUAUUAUCAAUAUUAUUAAAUGAAGCAUUUGAAUUUUUUGAAAGUCAACCGUAAAAUGGGCGUGCGACAUCCCAAUGAUGUAUAUCAUCUUUAAGUCUAAUUGAACACGAAUAUUUUUCAUUUGAAAGCACUGGGAUAAUUUUUAGUAAAAUUGAUUAAAAAAUCUUUUCACUUUUGGAACAUCAGUGAAUGAAUAGAAGAUGAUUUAUUUGGUUGUACGACAAAGUUUCUACAGUUAAAAGUUUAAAUUUGAGAAACCUGUGUCAGGACUCGGUAGGAUAUACAUUUCGUUCAUAUUUCGGCUCAGUGUUUGUUUGUUUUCUCAGAGAGGAUUGUGUCUAAACAAGGAGAAAAUCAACAAAAAGUGAAAAUGUGAAAGUUAUUUGUGUCAGGAAAAUAAAAAAAUAAUAUAGUGAAACAAAGAAAGGGAAUGUGAUGGAAGCUGUCAAGUAAAUGUGGUGCAAAAUGGAGUACUAAGCACUGACAAUUUAUGACAGUGUAAAAAUGAAAAUUCUACGAUUUGCAGUUUUGUCGCUGCUUUCACUUUGUGCUUAUUGUCAAAUUGUGAUGGAUACUAAGGAGUUAACAGUCAAAAUAGGAAGAAGCGUGUAUCUUAAACGUGAUGAUAUUCGGUUCACUGUAACAGAAAAGGGGGACGAGUGUAGAGUAGAGGUUGUCAGAAAUGACCCCAUCACACAACGAGUAGGAUUCGUGGAACCACAUAUAUUUGAUUGUGACUUUCCUCUAUCUACCGUUGAAUAUUUCCAUUCUGGAUCACCAUUACUAUCAGAAGACCAGAUCAAAUUUCGUGCAUACAAAUUUACAAAAUACUCGACAGAAAUCGAAAACUUUUAUGUGAAUGUAAGAAUUUUAAAUUCUACAAACGAUUUAGUGAGGACUCGUGGACUCCGGUCUGUAGUAGUUCCAGAGGCAAAAGCAAUAUCAAACAAUAUCGACUCAACAGUGUUAGGAUUUAAUAUUAAACAUUUUCCGAAUACGUCAUGCAGCGUUUCAUUCUCACGUCAUCGAACGGUAUGGCCAAUUGCAGGUCAACUUAUAAUGGGAAACUCACGUGACCCUGUGGACACUUUUAAAAAAUCAUGUCAUGAAUUUUUACUUUCGCAACUUCAUUACCAGCAUUUAAAACCUCACAGUCCAGACGUUGAUUACAUUCCUCUUAAAAUCGAGCAUUAUGAUUCACUAACAAGUAACGAGCCCAAUGUAGAAAAUUUCUUCCUUCCGGUCUAUAUAAAAGAUGUGCAACCAAAUUUUCCUCCGACAUCUUCACAUCGUAGUCUUUACAUGAUGGAUGUAGACGAAUUUGUUUUAUCUUCAAUUAUUCCAGGAGUUAUAUUUGCAGAAGAUUAUGAGACGCCAAAUUCCAAACUUGUAUACAAUAUAAGUCAUCCUCCCGGAGAAAACGAAGGUUAUUUCGUAAAUUUAGAUGAUCAUACAACGCCUAUAACGUCAUUCCUACAGACCGAUAUCGAAAAUGAACGAAUUGCAUACCAACCACCGGGUGUUAGUUAUCUCGAACAAAGAAUCUAUAAAGUCGGUUUUACCGUUUUUGAUAGUCAUUUUGCUCAUAGUCAGUCGAUAUUUUUACACAUAGCUGUGAGAUCAUCUGCAACGUCAGCACCAAAAGUGUCGAAAAAUAGUGGUUUGAUAAUACUUGAAGGUCAAUCUCGAACAAUAACACAAGAUAACUUACGUAUAGUUGACAGAAACAAUUUGAAUAAAGUUCGACUCUAUGUAACGGGUGGCCUUUUACACGGUCGCAUUGAGGUUAAUAGCAAGCAAUCACUAUAUUUUUCCGUAGAAGACUUGCAGCGAAAAUCUGUGGUUUACAUUCAUGACGAUAGUGAAACAACUAAAGACCGUAUAGACCUCCGGAUAAGUGACGGUGUUAAUACAGUUCUCACUAAUUUUCCUAUAACAGUGAUACCACGUGAUGAUACAUCACCAUAUGUAGUAAAUAAUUUAGGUUUAGAAUUAAACAAAGGAGGAAUCAAGCAGUUUAACACCGAUAUACUUAAAGCACAUGAUGUAGAUACUGUUGAUACCAAUAUUAUUUUCGUUAUCGUUCAUCCACCUGAAGCUGGGGAAAUAUUACGCCGACUUCAUGUAGCUGAGACAGGAACUCGUGUAACAAGAUUUUCUCAACAUGACCUUAGACGUGGUGCUAUUUAUUAUCGUCAUUUUGGCCGAGAGAUGUUUAUUGAUUCAUUUCAGUUUAGAUUACGGGAUCAACACGAGCCACCAAAUAAAUCAAAUGUCGAAACUUUCCAUAUAACUAUUAACCAAGUAAAUGAAAAUCCACCAGAACUUUCUCCGGAUGCCACACGCUUAAUGCAUGUGCUAGAAAAUGACAUUGCAUAUGUUACUAAGGCAGAAUUACAGUACACAGACAAAGAAACCGAUGACAACCAGUUGACCUAUAUAAUUACAGCACCACCUUAUUUUGUUUCCAAUAGAGGAAACGAAGAUGCUGGUCGGUUAAUAGCAACUCACAAUAUGUCAAUGGUAUCUAAAGACCAAUCACAAAAAGAGAUACGUACCUUUAAACAAGAGGACAUCAAUCACAUGAAAAUUGCUUAUAUGCCCCCAUUAACUGAUAUCGGACCAGGCGCGCGACUAGUAAGAUUUGUUUAUACGGUACAGGAUUCCAGUGGAAACCGGGUCCUUGGUCAGUACUUUGACAUCGAUGUUCAACCUGUUAAUGAUAAAGCUCCGACUUUUGUAACGUCUAAACUUUUGGUGGAAGAAGGUGGAAUUCUGGGAAUAACAAAAGAUCAUCUAUCAGCAACAGAUGUUGAUACGAGAUCAAAUGACUUGUUUUUUAUCGUCGAAGCUACUCCAUCGUUUGGUGUCCUGCAGAAAGCUGGUGAUAUCAUGAAAGUUGACAGUACAUUUAACUUGAAAGAUCUCAAGAAGAAACGUAUCAGGUAUGUAAACGAUGGGUCCGACGUUGUAUUGGAUACGUUCACACUGACACUGUCUGAUGGAAUCAAUAGAGCUACUAAAGUUAUGACCGUUGACAUUGUGCCUCUAGAUGAUGAAAGUCCACAGCUUGGAAAGAAUCUUCGACCUAGGCUUAUAGUUUCUGAAGGUUCGGAAGCAUUGAUUACUUCAUCUGUAUUGUCAGCUACUGAUGUAGACACUGAUGAUAAAAAAUUAGUUUUUCUUAUUAUUAAACAACCGAAACAUGGUGUAAUGCAACUGAACAACCGACCAGCAACGAAAUUUACACAGAAGAACGUCAAAGAUGAGAUUGUUAAGUAUAUACAUACAGCAGGUGAAAUAGGAACAGCAAUAAUGAAGGAUAGUGUGACUUUUAUUGUAUCAGACCAGAAUUACCUGGCAACAGCUGAUCUACCUGUGUAUGAUUUGAAUAUAACGAUAACACCAAUUGAUAACUCCAAACCAACAAUUAUUACGGGAAGGGAGGUCUCUGUUAAAGAAGGAGGUAGUAUAACAUUAACCCCAGAUAUCAUUACAGCAAAAGAUCCUGAUACUGCACCAGAGGAAAUACAGUUUAUGAUUGUUCGUCAACCACAGUGGGGAUAUAUUGAGAAUAUAAAACCCACUCCAGGAUCAGAAAAAUCUAAUAGGGGCAGAAGAAUUGCAACAUUCCGUUUACAAGACAUAAUAGAUAAUUCAGUUAACUAUGUACAAGCAACUCAUAAAGGUGUGGAACCAGUUUACGAUGACUUGGAGGUUUAUGCUACAGAUGGAAACCAUAGAUCCCCGGUUAAAAUGUUUGGUAUUCGAAUACUACCUCAAAAUGACGAAGAGCCAACAGUCAUGUUGCAUGACUUUAGUCUUAAUGAAGGCGACAGCAUGAUGAUAGACAAAUCUAUGGUAGAUGCAGUGGACAUGGAUAUGCCGAAAGAUAAGUUAAAUUUUGCAAUAUCUCAACCCCCAGAACAUGGAAAUAUUGUUGCAAUGAUUAGAACACGUCGUGGAGAUGUCGAGGCAGAAAUACAGGAUUUCAGUUUAGAAGAAUUACAUUCAGGAUUACGUCUUAAAUACAAACAUGACAAUUCAGAAAACUUUCAUGAUAGGUUUGCCGUCACUGUAUCAGAUGGACGACAUGAAGUUAAACGCCUUUGUAAUAUAUCUGUUAAUCCAUUGAAUGAUGAAAGACCAGAAAUAACCAAAAAUGCUGGUCUUCAAUUAGAGUAUGGAGACUACGCCAUGAUAUCAAGUGUUGUUUUACAGUCUACUGAUCCUGAUAACAGCGAAAACGAAGUUUAUUAUAUUGUUACCUCUGUUCCUACAAAAGGUUCGUUACAAUUUUGUUCUGAUCCCUACAUCCCAGCACGUGUAUCAGAAUGUAAGGACCUUCCAGUUGGAUCCAACUUUACCCAAUAUGACAUAAAUAUGAAUCGUAUCAGGUACGUGCAUACGAGAAGAAUGGGAAAUUCUGAAACAGACAGCUUUCGUUUCCUAUUGUCUGACGGAAGAAAUAAGAGACAUAUUGAAACAUUUGAAAUUAGAAUAAGAAAUUCACAGAAAGCAAAUCUAGCCCUUUUGAACAAAGGUUUAGAAGUAAGGGAAGGCGAAAGGACUCCAAUAACAUCUUCUAACCUUAGCGCUUCUGAUGAAUCUACUAAACCUGAAGAAAUAGUAUUUGCUAUUAUUAAACCACCAAAACAUGGACAAAUUGAAAAUGUUUACAAGCCUUUACUGAGUAUAACAAGUUUUACACAAUUAGAUAUAGCCUCCCAGAAAAUUGUUUAUAAUCAUUUGAAAAAGGGUGAUAAAACAAAGGAUUCUUUUUCAUUUACUGUUACAAAUGGUUUAAGUCAAGCAAAAGAUGGUGUAUUUCAAAUUGAAAUAGAACCACUUGAUAGAAUUCUACCAUCGUUGAAAGCCCACAGUCUCAUUGAAGUAUCACAGGGAAGUGACAUUGUUUUAAAUUCUGGGCAUCUUUUGGCAGAAGAUCCGGAUACACCUAGUAUGAAUGUAACAUACCUUAUUGCUAAACCUCCAACAUAUGGUCAUUUAUACAAGGGAGGACUUGUCGAGACGAAAAGUUUCACACAAAGGGAUGUUGAUUUAGGUUACAUGACAUAUGAAAGUGAUAUUUCAUAUGCAGGACUCGACAAUUUUUUAUUCAGCGUAUCUGACGGUCGCCAUACAGGAUUCUUGUUGAAUGAUACUCUUCAAACAAAUCCUGUCAUAUGUAGUAUAUUUAUAAAUCCAACUGUAAAUGAUGCACCAAAACUAAUCGUUAAUAGUCCACCUGAAACAUUGGAGUAUUUUGGGCAAAACAAAUAUGGCUUUAGACUUUCAAGUCGUAAUCUGAAAGCAGUGGACUCUGAUACUGACAAUAGCAGACUGAUGUACAUUAUUGUAAAGCGUCCUUUGUAUGGUCACAUCCAGAACGUAGCAACUAAACGAUUUGUAAGACGACGAUUCACACAGAAAGAUCUGGAUGAGAACAGCCUGCUUUAUGUACUGACUAAUAAUAAGGAAUCAAACGUCCGCGACAACUUUAUAUUUCGAAUAUUAGACAGCAGAGGAAAUAGUUUGGACGAGAUAAAGUUUCAAGUUAGCUGGUCUAUUAUUGAAUUUGAAAAGAAAGACCUGGUGGUGUGUGAAAAUGUUGGUACACUGAGCGUUAAACUACUUAGGAAAGGUGCACUAGACAACAUGGCUUUUGUUGGGGUAUCUAUAAAGGAAAUGUCGGCAACAGAGGGUGUAGACUUUGUUCCAAGCACUGCUCAGCAAGUGCAGUUUAAUCCAGGACAAGGACAAGCUGUAUGGGAUGUGAGAAUUCCCGACGAUGGGCUAUUGGAGAUAAACGAAAAAUUCCGAAUUGUUCUUGAGGAACCUGUCAAUGCGAUUAUAGGGGAGAAGGAUCGUGUUACAGUUCGAAUAAUUAAUGCCGAGAGUGGGGAAUGCCCACAAUACCUUGGAAUGAUAUCAAAAGAUCAAACAGAGUUAGUUGACAUUGAUGAUUUUCUUUUACCUGCUAAUGGAAAUACAGAUACUUUUAUUAAGCGACCUUCUUCGAAUCUGUUCAAGUCGGGCAACCCAAUAGACAACACAUACAACACUGAACCAGGGAAAAAAUCAGUACCAAAAGCUCCCUCUAGUGAUGAUGCUAAUAUAAACAAAACGUCUGACGAAAAUGCAGCUAAACGUAAACGAUCAAAAAAGAGAGGAAGGAAGAACAGAAAGAGAAAGAGAAAUGGAAAGAAAAGGCGAAGGAACAAAAAAACAAAAAAGAAGAGAAAACAUCUUCCACCUAAAGUGAACAUUAAGGCACCACAAGAGUGUACCUCAACAACAAAAGGACUCCUUCAUUUUGAUAUGUAUUCGCAACAAAUGUACAUAUGUGAUAAUGGUCAAUGGAAGAAAUGGACUUCAGAUAGCAAAGAAGAACAGCAGUCGGAUAGUAGAUCGGAUACUGAGCUGUGUAAUAUAGGUACACAUUUUGAUGGCAGAUGCUAUACUUUCGUAAACGAGAGGCUUACAUGGAAUGCUGCUGAGUAUAAAUGUGCAGCACUAUCGCCAAUGAAAUCAACAGUGACAUCUGUUCGAUCAAAGGAACAUUUUAACUUCUUGAUUAAUCUUGCAAAGAAAAAAUCUUUCUGGAUAGGUUUAAACAAUAAGGAAAAUCCCACGGAAUGGAAAUAUCUAAAUAAGGAGUCGUACCAGUUUGCCAACUGGGGGAAAAGACAACCGAAUACACGUGGUCGAAACGUGAAUAAACAUUGUGUCCAAGUUGGGAAAAACCAAACAUGGCGAAAUAAACGAUGUGAUACAACCACCAAAAGGUUUAUAUGUGAAGGAAUUCCAAACACUAAAUCAAUAAAAACAAAACGAUCGCGUUCAAGAAGAAGACACAAGUAUUCAAGAUUCUUCUAAACUUUUAUGGAAAUAGUGUUGAAGAUUUUAAUCAGUGCCGUUUUUGGCACUACAAAGGUUGUGAUGUCACAUGAUUGUGCUGAUAUGUCUCCGACAAAAGACUUAGUGCUGACGAGAAACCUAUAUUUAUAUUAAGAUUAAAUAUAUUUAAAUUACAAGACAAACUUUGCUAAUGUUGUAAAAUAUCCUUUUACAAAAAGCAAACAAAAAUAUUAUUUAUAUGUAUAGACUUGUAUUGUUAGUGAUUGUAUGAUUGAUAUAUAUGUGAUAGUUGUUUUAGUUGCAACGGACAAAAGGGUACAAUUAUAAACAAUAACAUGUAUAUAAUAUGUACAAUUAACGUACAUGUAGCUUUAGAAAUGUGAGCUGUUGAUAAUUACCAAAGUAAAACAUAAGGGCAUGUCGAUUGUGAUACUGUUUUUGUUAAUCAUAUAUAUAUAUAUAUAUAUCAUGUUUAUAUCAAUAAUCAAUUAUUUUACUUAACAAAUUAUAUCCCCACUCUCAUACUGGGGAUAUAUUACAUUCACCUUGACCGUCUGUUCAUCCAACAUAUAUUUCCGUCACACUUUUCUCAUGUAGUAAUGAAAAGAAAUCGUUGUCAGCAGCUGGAGAGUGACGAGAUGUUACGUCUGAACACUUUUCGGAUCUGUCAGACACCUACUACCUGUUUGCACAUAACUUGAAUUUUAUUUUUGCAAUAUGUUGAAUGAACUUAAAUUUUCGUCACACAUUUCUCAGGUACUACUGAACAGAAUGACAUCAUAUUUGGACAAAGCUGGGCAGUAUAAUGAUUGACUGCCUGAUUCCCGCACCUUUGAAUUACGAGUGGUGUUGUGCUUAGCACGAUACUCGAGAGCAUUCUUGUUUCAGUUGAUCAGGUGGUGUGGCUUUAUUUUCUUCCUAAUUGGAGUUUUAUUAGAGAAAAACACAAGCAACAUUAGGAAAAUGUCUGAUCAUACUUUUGAAUUGAGUUUAGAAUAUGCACCAUACUUUGGGAGAAACAUUAUACUAUAACUUACACUUAAGAGACAAUAGAGUUGUCUCUCUUCUUACAAAACACUAAAACUGUUCGAAUAAAUAAAUUGAUUGAUUGAUGAGCGCAAAAAGGAUAUAUCUCGGCGACCGAAUAAAUAGAGAAUGUUUAACAUUACUAACGUGAGAUUUCAAGAGUUUCUUUUUUCACAGAGCACUCACAGUUGUUUAGUAACGUUUUGUAGUGUAUUUUUACAACGAAAUCAAUAAAACUAUAAGAAAUCAGUAUUAGAACUUCCCUUUUCUUAAGUAAAACAUCCCUAAAUUACGUAGAUUUCUAAGAGUUCCACAAUCAUGUUGAUUUGAUGCAGAAUUAAACGUUGAUAAUAAGAAAAUAGGUUAAUACUCACAUUUUUUUUAUUCAUGCUAGCAGAAUGUUUUCAGUAAAAUCUGCAAAAUAAGUAGUAAUUUUUCAACAAAUCUAUUAUGUUGACUGUUACCUUGCAUUGCUCUCGUAACA